GGGCCUCAAAGGAGAGGCAGGGGCCAAAGGAGCCAUGGGGCUGUUUGGGGCCCGUGGACCAGUGGGCCAAAAGGGAGAUGCUGGCGAGCCUGGAGUCAAUGGAGAAGUGGGUCAUAACGGGGACGAUGGAUUGGACGGAGCCACAGGAGCCAAAGGAGACAUGGGACUCCAGGGACAGAAGGGAGAUCAGGGUGACAGAGGUGAACCUGGCUUACCGGGGGAUACUGGGCAGACAGGAGAGAAGGGAUUCCGAGGCCUACCUGGACGCAUAGGAAGCACUGGGCUAGAUGGAGAAAAGGGAGAGAUGGGUAUUCCUGGAACCCCAGGACAUCCAGGGCUCAAUGGACUCACAGGACGGAAGGGUGAAAAAGGGGACGGGGGUAUCAAUGGAGUAGAGGGAGCACCAGGACUAAAAGGAGAGAAGGGUGCAACUGGUUUCCCAGGGUUCCCUGGGUUUAAGGGGUCAGCAGGGACACCAGGCAGUGAUGGAGCGGAGGGGCGACCAGGACGUAAUGGGUCCAAGGGAGAGACAGGAACCAAGGGAGAGAGGGGCAGGAGAGGCAGAGGGAAGCCUUGUCAGACAGGACCACCUGGAAGUCCAGGACAAAGAGGAGGCAGUGGAGAGCUCGGAAACGAGGGACUGAAGGGAGAGAAAGGGGAACCCGGACUCUCUGCCGAGAAGAUGAAGGAGCUGGUCAACCAAGAGGUUGUGAACCAGUGCGGGAUGAACUUGAAGUUUGUGGUGAAGUCCAAGGACCCGGAUGCUGAGAGCAUGUUGUUUGAGAGGGAUCCGGACGAGCUUGUAUCCAUCCUCACACGCAGCCUACCUGAGGAUGAGAUGGGAGAGGAGGAAGAGGACAAGAAAAGACUUGAAAAGGAGCUGGUAGGAUCAACCACUCCUCCCCCAUCCCCCCUGCGAGAGGAGGGGACCCCAGGUGAUGACCACCUUACUGACGCUGGAGCCAACAGGGGAGCCGAUUGGGGACUGAGGCACAGGAGAAGAAGGGUUCCGGGAGUUGGGCCACACUCAUCAGACUUGACCCCUGACCCCUGCCUGGAGCCCAUGUCAGAGGGGGGGUGUUGGGAGUAUGUCCUGCUGUGGUACUACCACCCCCGCUCCGGGGAGUGCCGGCCGUUUGUCUACGGGGGUUGUGAGGGCAACCACAACCGCUUCAACACCAAACACGAUUGUCAGAGGUGGUGUGGGAAAGAGAGGAGAGGUCUCGAGCCUAGAAGGUGAGAGACAGCCGCCAAUCAAGACAAUUCUUUUUUUGUAAAUGCCACAGUGUAAAAUGUUAGAAUUUUUGUGCAGAUCAGUUUUUUUAUAUUUAAAGUAACCUAAUGAUUAUAUAGACCAGAGCUGCAUGGGUUUCAUAUAUUUGCAAAAUCAUUUGAAAUGCUUUUUCUGUGCCUGUUUGAGCUUGCCUGGCUUAAUAACCCAAUAGAAAAGUCCCAAAACUGCAAAAUCCUGCCCAUCUGGGACUCCAGGCAGUCUUAAGCUAAUGCUCAAAUUAUUUUUCAAGUAUUUGAACCCAGGUCUAAUACAGGCAUUAUAUUUUCUAUUGACUAUGACAAUUAUAGUGACUCACCAUGUGAAUGUUAUGAAUGUGUUCUUUCAUGUUUUAAUCAAAAGGUAGCCUGCACAUUCUAUAGUACUAUAGUAUACCACAUUCUAUAGUACUAUAGUAUAGCAUAUUCUAUAGUACUAUAGUAUAGUAUAGCACAUUCUAUAGUACUAUAGUAUAGCACAUUCUAUAGUACUAUAGUAUAGUAUAGCACAUUC